GACUGAACAUCUCCCUGCUGGCAUCUUCUGUCAGUGCACCAUUUCGCUGAAUCUCAUAAAUCGACAGUCUCCGUAUUUGGUUAACUUGUUAUAUGCGAAAUACCCUCAGUUUGGACAACACGAAGAAACGCUGACUUUCAAAGUUAUAACUCUUCAUUACAGUAUAAAUAUAUUGGUUAAAAAACUAAAUGAAAUAAAAGAUACUUUUAAUAUAAACACGAAAAGUGUGAUCAAAGAAGAUUAA